AUAAUAAAAGUAGAACUUAUGAAAUUCACUUUCACCAGCAAAAGUACAAGAAAAAAGGAAAGAGAGAGCAGUUAAAAAUUCUUCUUUUUUCUCUUUCCCUUUCUUUAACUACCAUUCAAAAGCCAAGUCACAGUAGCUGUUUUGUUUUUAUUUUUAGUUAUUUUCUAUAAGUAUCGCUUUCAUAAUGGCAGAAGAAGAAGAAACCAAACAAGUCAAGCCAUUAUCUUCUUCUGAGGAGCCAAACCCAUCAAGGGAUGCUCAGAUGGCUAAAGUCCCAACUCCUUCUUCCGCUCCUGCACCUUCAUGGUUCACUCCUAAAAGGCUGCUCGUUAUUUUUUGUAUCAUCAACUUGAUAAAUUAUGUGGAUAGAGGAGCAAUUGCAAGCAAUGGUGUUAAUGGAAAUCGUAGAACCUGCACAAGUGGUACAUGCACAUCUGGUACCGGAAUACAGGGGGACUUUAAUCUAAACAAUUUUGAAGAUGGAGUUUUAUCGUCUGCUUUCAUGGUUGGACUUCUAGUGGCUUCUCCAAUAUUCGCAUCACUAGCAAAGAGCUUUAAUCCAUUUCGGCUUAUUGGAGUUGGAUUAUCAGUUUGGACACUUGCAGUCGUUGGUUGUGGUUUUUCCAUUAAUUUCUGGUCCAUUACAAUAUGCCGCAUGUUUGUUGGUGUUGGUGAGGCUUCAUUUAUAAGUCUUGCAGCCCCAUUUAUUGAUGACAAUGCCCCUGUUGCUCAGAAAACAGCGUGGCUUGCUAUAUUCUACAUGUGUAUACCUAGUGGAUAUGCCUUCGGCUAUGUCUAUGGUGGAUUGGUUGGAGAUCAUGCUAAUUGGCGUUGGGCAUUUUGGGGAGAGGCGAUUUUGAUGCUUCCUUUUGUUGUUUUAGGUUUUCUUAUGAAGCCUUUACAGUUGAAAGGUUUUGCUCCUGCUGAAUCAAAGAAAGCACUGACGUCUGUAGAGACAGCUGUCUCAGAAGUCCAAGAUACAGAAACUUCAGCUGGUAAAGGUGAAAACUUGUCUGUUAAGGAAGAGUUAAAUGAUAAAAGCCCAAAGCCAUCUUGCAUGUCAAGGUAUGCAACCUUUAGUUUGAAUCAGUUCUCGAGAUUUAUAAAAGACAUGAAAGCUCUUUUGGUGGAAAAGGUUUACGUAGUAAAUGUUCUAGGUUAUAUAGCAUACAAUUUCGUCAUUGGUGCAUACUCAUAUUGGGGACCCAAGGCUGGUUAUAAUAUCUACAACAUGACCAAUGCAGAUAUGAUAUUUGGAGGGAUUACAAUUGUUUGUGGAAUAUUGGGCACAAUGGCAGGGGGUUACAUUCUGGAUUACAUGACUUCUACAAUUCCUAAUGCUUUUAAGCUUCUUUCAGUAGCUACAUUUCUUGGUGCAAUAUUUUGCUUCUCCGCCUUCUGUUUUAAGAGCAUGUACGUGUUCCUUGCUCUUUUUGCAAUUGGUGAACUACUUGUCUUUGCAACUCAGGGUCCUGUAAAUUACAUAUGUCUCCAUUGUGUUAAACCAAGCAUGAGACCACUGUCUAUGGCUAUGUCCAUUGUCUCUAUUCACAUCUUUGGAGAUGUACCUUCCUCACCCCUCGUUGGGGUCCUCCAGGACAAAAUCAACAAUUGGAGGCUGACUGCUCUUAUUCUGACAGCCAUUUUGUUUCCAGCAGCUUUCAUUUGGUUUAUAGGAAUAUUUCUGAAGAGUGUAGAUAAAUUUAAUGAAGAAAGCGAGCAUCAAGUUGCUGUGACUGACAGGUCAAACACCACACCUUUACUUGAAGGCAAGACAGCAGAAACAACAGCAACGUCUGCUGAACCAUGAAUACUCACAAGAAGUAUUUUAAAGAUCCUGUUAUUUUUUUCUGGUUUCAUUCCUAUACGUUCUUUUGUACUUGUCCUCGUUCUAAUCGUUAGGUUAGGUGAUUUCUUCUCUUCUGUAAAUAGUCUCUCAUGAGACAUCUAAAGGCUUUUAGUUCAAAAUUAUAGACUUAAGGUAUCUAAUUCAAGAUAUUAAUCCAUUGUCUUCUCAUCUGCCUUGAUAGUUCUUUCAGUGACCCAGAAAGAAAUAAAUCAGUAAUAAUAGUUCUGCUUCCAGAUUCAA